AUGUUGAGCAUGCGUUGUGGUGAUGAAAGAAAUGGAAGUUCUGUCAUGGCGAGCCAGCAAGUUACCGAAGAUCUGAAAGCAUUUGAACGAAGGCUCACGGAGUACGUGCAAUGUUUAGGUCCACAAACCGGCAAAUGGAGACUUAUUCUUGUUCUGUCGUCAGUUGCAACCGCUGCAGGAGCCUGGGGAUUAAUCACAGAUAAUCAACAUCAUCCUUCACUACUGCAGUAUCUGUGGCAUCAUAAAUUUUUCACAAUCAGUUGCUGUAAUUUAUUCAUUUUAUUUAUGCUGGGAAUUCAUAGGAGAGUUAUGGCACCUCAAAUAAUUUUAGCAAGAACAAGAGUAGUUUUAGAGGAUUAUAACAUGUCCUGUGAUGAGAAGGGAAGACUUAUUCUGCGACCAAGACCAUCUUGACCCAUGCUUUUAAAGUACAUGAUUAUGAAAUGAUUUUUUUUGUUAUUCAUCGUAGAAGAUAUAGUCCUGAAUUUCAGCACCUCAGAACCGAGAAUUUUUUAGAAAAUAGUCUCCAUUUUUGAGGAACAAGGGCAACUAAAAUUAUGAAUCAUAACUAACUUUUCUUUUCCCCCUUUACUUAGCAGUUAGACAUUGUAAUACAUUACAGUAAAUAGGAGAGGAUAAAAUGGAUAUCUUACCACACAGUAACGUGGAGCAAAUUCAGAGUUGAACCUCAAAUAUUGCAAACAAAAGAUUUCAUUUCAUAUGAACUUUAAGAUGUAUUAGUAUAUGUUUUAGAAACAAUUGGAUGUAUAGCUAAACUUUAAAAAUGUUUUAUUCAUAUAUUGGGAUGUGAUGUCAACAUCUCAACACACAGUAGUUCUUAAUAAUCAUUAGGACAAUAACUGUAUUUGAUGACUUUUCAGGCAUUGGUGAAGUUGAUGCCUAGUCCAAGAAGCUUAAUUUUUUGUUUGUUGUAACAAGGUGAUAAAGACUCGAAUUUAAUUAAUAGACAUUAAAAAAGACAGGAUGUAAAGUGAAAUGUUCAGACAUAUGGAAUUCUUGGAGACUCAUUGUCAUUAACCAACAAGGAUGUUUUGUUGUUAGUAAUUACAAGCCUCUAAAAAGAAAUGUCGGAAUUUUUUUUUAUAUUUUUUUUCAGAAAUGUUGUUAUAUCUCCAUUUUAUAUUUCCAUGUUAAAAUGCCACUAGGUGUAGAGCUUGAGGUGCCAGGCAUGACCUUAAUUUUGAUGAUAAUUAUGCAAUCUUUGAGAGAAAUAUCAGGAACUCGGAGGGCUGAAAUUAAGUAUUGUACUCUGCAGUUUGUCCUCAGGAAAGCUUGACUGUGUUACUUUGGAAAUUUGCAUGUUAUUCACAAAGAAAUGCAAGCAAACAUUUUCAUUUCUAUAUUUUAUUUUGGUGACUUAGAUUUCUUUCAUGAAUUUUUGCAAUCAAUGAUAUGAAUAUGUUUUUUCAUGAAAAAGAGGAUUAUAUUAGGGCUUGUAUUAGGAUUGAUUAAUAUACAAUAACUAUAAUCAUUCUACUUACUGGAGUCCAAUGAAAUCAGUGUCAUACAAUUACUGGCUCCAAGUCUCACCGUGUUGUUAAGUAAUAUUUUUGUAAGUCUGAUGUUUAAAGGAAUAUAAAAGUGGUAAAGGAACUGAAAUUGCUCUUUCAGUCUGUGAUUUCAGGUGCUUAAUUUUGGAAAUCUUAUCAAUAAAGUUUGUUGUGGAACUUA